CAGAAAGUGAGACCGGCGAUUUGUGAUAGAGAGUAGGAUAAACAAAAAUUAAAAUAAACGAACUAAAAUUUGGCUCGUUUUUAGUCCCCCAAAAUGCGAAUUUGUUAAAAGUAUCGGAAUACAAAUGGCCGCGCACUUCUUAAUUUGAUUUUUAACAGUUUAAACGGUACCUAUCCGAACAAUUUGAUUCAUAUUCAAUAGCAUUUUCUUAACAACCGUUCUAACAUGAUAUAAAAAUUUCUUUACUUACAGGUUGGUGAUAGUGCUGUCUUCCUGUCCACGGGACGACCCGAUCGCCCCUACAUCGGCCAUAUCGAAUCCAUGUGGGAAACCUCAACCAACAACAUGGUUGUUCGCGUCAAGUGGUUCUAUCAUCCGGAAGAAGCCGAAGGUUGUCCCAACUUGAAAUAUCCGGGAGCCCUUUUCCAAUCACCGCAUGAGGACGAAAACGACGUCCAAACGAUUUCUCACAAAUGCGAGGUGCUACCGUUGAAAGAGUACACGGAAAAAUUCGGAUCCAGUCCGGAACGGUAUCGGGCCAUCUAUGACAACAACGAUACGUACUAUCUGGCCGGCUUUUACGAUCCGACGGCAGUUUCCAUCAAGAUGCAGCCGGAUAUCGACAUACUGCCGGGCGAUGAGAAAUGGAUCGAUAUGGAUUGAAUGAAUAUCUUGCGGACGGAACGUUGUAAAGCUAAAAUCCUGUGAUUUUGAAUGGAGGCAAUUGGAGGGUGUGCAAUUCGACAUAAUACUAAUGGCUGGUUCUCGAUUACGAGAUACUUACGAGAGAUGAAAUUUUUGGCAGUGCCAAGCUUUUGUAUAUACAGGUUAUCUAAUACAGUAGUAGGAAAUGUUCUAAAUGUUUUUCUCAAUCUUUAUCUUUACAUUAUUAGGCUAAGUACGCCAGAAGACCUUAUGAAGGGUUCUAGGCAUUAUCGUGAAUACAUUUAAUUUAAAAAAAAUAGUAACACUUUAUAAAAGUGACAACAGUUUAUGUAAAUAAUUUUCCCUUUGUAAAUUAUAUGAGAUUAAUUUCUGAAGAAAGGAGAAAAAAUCUGAUUAUAUGUCUCUGUCGUAGGUUUUGAAAAUUUAAAUUAAAAAAAUCAAAUCGUAUAUGACUACUACCCCUAAAUCUUAGAGAGUGAUUGUAUAUUUUUCUAUCUGAUGAGAUUUUUAGCAGUUAGCAAACAAAUCAAGAAUCAAGAAAAGUGAACAUUUACCAGAGCUUUCGGAAGAAAAUUCAAUAUACCUCUGCUAUACAUAAGACAAGCAAUGGACUGAUGAAAUAAACGUAAAACUUUACCGUAGAAACACAUAUUUUGGAAGUAUAUUCAGAGCAAAAUUAAAUGUAUUUCAUUGUCCAAGGAUGCAAAGUGAAUCCACGCACUUUGACUUCUCAAAAUGAUGUAAAGCAGGGGUUCGACAGACAGUUUCGGUUCCAGAAAGUACACAACGAAAUUGAAAACCAGCUUCUUUUUUUGAUCCCCAGGAAAGCACCCGCAAAUGGUAAAUCAGACUUUUUCAACGCUUAUUUGACUUUACAUUCGAUACUUAUUGUUACAAGAAAAACAGCACGAUAGAAAUGUUACAAUCCAAUUGGAUUUUUUAAAUAGACACCUCAACUUAAAAACCAUAGAACAGGAAAAUGUAAAUCUCUCUUUGAAGUCUUACUGUUAUUCUGAUACCGAAAAAAGAUCAUAUUCGAUCGUAAUAAGUAGUAGUACUGAGAACAAGCUUCUUAAUUUUGUUAAGCGACAAACACAAUCCAGUGGCAAAAGUGUUCUAUCACAAAACAUAAAUGACUGUAAAUAUAGUUUUUCUAGAGUUUCGUCGGAACAACAUCUUAAGUGUAAGGUAAGGUAGAGAAACAACGAGCUUCUGGCUAUGCUAUGAGUUUAGCUUCCAUGAUUUUGCAACUUAAUAUUUUUUUAGUAAUUUGUUAAUCUCUGUUGAAAAAUUCUUAGAACAGAGCGAUUCAAACGAAUUAAAUCCCUCUUAUAAAGAUUUGUGUUGCAAUAAAAAGAAAGCAGUCAACAACUAUGAUGUAUACUGAAUUUAAUUUAACGGAUAGAGUAUAUUGCGUUCUGGUACGACAGACCACAAUGCGAAAAUGCUUAUAAGGUAAACAAAAAUCUGGAAAUCAAAAUGUGUGAGACUCAUUUCGGUUGGUGCAAGAAUGGCAUUUCGAAACAGUUUCGUAUGAAUGAUGUGCUAGUGGUGAAAAUUUGCAUUAUAUUUUAAUGAAUGUAUGUACUCAAUAAUAAACAAAAAUCAUUACUUCAA